GCAUCGAUCUCGUGGAUUUGCUACUUGUCGAGUGCGCAGGUCUCGCUGCGUCACCUUAAUGAUCCAGCGUACCUGUUUGCCUCGUUCAUACUCCACCGUAUUGCACCUUUAAUUCUUGUCGUGAAGGGUGAGGAGACUGUGUGCGCAGAGAGGCCUUUGUGCUGGGCCAAUCGGAUUCGUGCCGUCCAGGUUUCUCAGUGUCCGUUAUUUGACUUCGUAUCCAUUUUUUUGCUUCUCCUGCGUAGUUCUUCCUUUCGGGCUGCCAACCACACACACACAGAAAGCCGAUUACUCGAAUCGAAGCCUGUAUGGCAGGCGGGUAAAACUGUGGAGACACAAAUUUGAAUAAAACACGAUUCAGGAAGCUCUUCACCUUCCUUCUGUUUUUGUUGUUCUACUGUUGUGCGACGCGUACUUUUUCCUUCAGCUGCUUCGCACUUCUGCAGAAAAGAAAGGCAAGCAGGGCUGAAGCACCUUAAAAAAGCAUAGACGGCUAAUUCUUUUUACCCCUUGUUAUAGUAGACCGUUGGGUUGCAGGGGCGAUUACUGCUACGCUUACGCAUUCACUCUUCUUCUUUGUAGACUUCUUUAAGUGCGGUGACUGACAAGGCUUGUCAGGGUUAAAAAAAGAAAGAGAAAGAAAACCUUAAAGGGAAGCCAACGUUCGAACGCAUGAAUACAAUGCAUCAUAGUUUAGAAGGGCCGGCAAGGUCAUUGCUGAGCAGCUUUACCGUUGCUACUACCCCACCUCCGCGUCCGACAACUGACUCGAGUGAGGUGGAUCGCUCAUACAAGACGAGGGUGCAGCCGCCACUGAAAGAGGGCGACAAUGGCGACAACUUCCUUUUAGCAGCCAGCAAAGCGACGACAUCGGCGUCUGUAGUGACAAACGGACGGGAAGAGGAGGGGGAAGAGCCUCGGCCAAGCUAUGUCGCUCCUCAACCUGCACCCGCACCGUCGGGCUCAGCGGAUCGAUCGCUGGACAGGUCCGCCACGUCUGCAGCAGCGGCCGCACCACCACCGCCACCACCGGGGCUUGUGUCCUCUAGCUGGCAGUCCGCGUGGAGACCAUCCAUGCGAUACGUCCAUAGCGGCGGCGGUAGCACAUUGGACACCACCGUGCCUGACACGCCCUUUACGUGGCGUUCCUCGGGAGCAGAAACGCCGACACCUCCCGCGGCGUGGAGGCCGCACAGCCUUCAUCCGGCUACGGAGAGCAUGGAGUUGCGUGGGCCGACCACUGAGCGGGGAAGGUUGACACCGAAGAUACGCUACCGAAGCGCGUCUUCCGAGGUGCCUGGUGCCUCAGCUGUGUCACUCUACCCUCCCCCGUCUGCAUCGCACAGCGUCGGGCGGCAGAGCCCCGAGCCGCAGCGGCGGCAACGAGAGGAGGGGCACAGCACAGCGACGCCUCAUGCAACGCCGGACAUCACCGGUCGAGGAAGUUCGAGUUGGGGGCGAACAAAAAUCGGUCGUGACACGGCCAGCGCUCCGGCGGACGAUGGGUUUGCGGUGGAAGGAUGGCCGUCACAACGUGACCGCACCGCUCCGUCUCUCUCUCUCGCUGCUCCGGUCGCCGCUGCUUCUGCUUUCACGUUGCCCACCUGGACCCCGGCGUCCAUAUUAAAACCGACGGGUGCAGCUGCUGGCGCACGGCGCGGCAAUGUGGAUCUGAAAACGCAGCGCCCUCCUCCCCCGCUGGUGCGAACCGGUACAGGAAAGCCGGAAACGGUGCCUCGUGUCACUACGGACAGCACGGUGGCGGAGACGCGUUUUGAGGCGGCAGCGAGACCUCUUUCCUCGGCUCCGCUUUCGUCGCGGCGCGCACCUGCUGCGUACGACGCACAGGAAGAGCCAUCGACAACGCAGAACGGGCGUGGGAGGGACACGGCGCGCGGCACGCCACGGGUGUCUGUUGAAGACGUGUGGGCCACGCCGCUGCCACUGCCUGCGCAGGGUGGGUCGGGCAUGAUGACGGCGGGAGAGACAAAGGAAGCUCUGUACGCGACGGGCAUCAGUGAUGCGGACAACACUACAGCAGGGCCUUGGGCUCUUGGCCACCUCACCUUCCGCUCCCUCACCGACGAGUACCAUCUUUUUACGUCGGAGGGCACGGUGGGCUGGGUGGGGCUGCAGGUGCACCUCCGCCGCCACACCCAAUCGACGCAGAUCACGGCGCUCGAUUUAACCUGUUAUCGAAUGCAACGGACACAGUGGACGUGGUUUGCGCUGGAGAUACUGCCGCAGCUGCAGCUCCUCGAGGUGCUGCGGCUGGUGCAGAUGGGACUCGCAGACGAUGAGGUGGUGGAGUUGGUGCGUGGCAGCUGCGGUGUUUGCUCGUUCGCAAGUAAUCCGCGUGCGUCGCCGUCGCCGUCUGCGUUACGGUCGGUGCAUGCAUCCCCCCGUAGUGGCGCCGCCGCCGCCGCCACGGCAAAUACCCGUACAACGCCUCUCCACUUCUUACGCGUGCUCGAUCUCAGCGGAAAUGCCAUCUCGCAGCGCAGCUGCAAUCACCUGGGCAAGAUGCUGUUGUGGAUGGCGGACUCUCUGGAAGAGGUGCGGUUGCUGGGCAACCCAUUAAAAGAUUACGGUAUACAGACUCUCGCCAUUUACCUGUCAAAGUUGAACGUGGAGGCCGUGGAUAGCGAUCCGGAGCUCUUUCCUGGGACGCUGCGGCAUCAGCUACGGCUCGCGCGAGGGCAGCGCCACGCGGCUGCUGCCUUGUCCCAACAACUGAGAGAAGAAACGGAUGGAGGUGCGGAGGAACGAGAGAAGAGGACGACAGCCAAUAACAUCGAAAGCCUGCCGAUUGGACCUGUUCUCCUUGACCUGCGCGACUGCCGUGCAUCGGCGCGUGGGCUCUCCGAUGCCCUCGCCGCUGCCAGUCGCGCCCAUCGGCUACGUGUUGUCCUCUUGUCACACAAUGUGGCCGGUGUGACAGCACUGCUGCCCCUGCCUCCUACCGCCUAUCAAGAAGCACUCGAUAUGGGCAGCCAGGAGAUGGCUACAGCAGCAGCAGCCGCACCGGCAGAGGCCAGCGGCCGAUCGCACACGUACCGGCCCGCGCCCGCGCCACGACGGCUUCGGCUGGCCAAGACACCUCUCAUCUCGUCCGGAGCGCUCAUGCGGCGUCCGCACGCGGCCUUCAGCGAUGUGCGCGGCUUUGCCACCUCCUGUGCCCUCUCCACCCUCGUCCUGCAUAGCGUGCCGCUGAGCCAGUCCUGCUCGCCGGUCGGGUGUCGGGAACUGCUGCUGAAUAUCUUCUUCAGCUGCCCCCAGCUCGAUUUGGUGGACCUCUCGGACACCUUUGAGUGGUCGUUGGUACCGGCGGAGGAGCAGCAGCGGCUCGUGGCCGAGGCGAACCGCCGCGCCGCCGUGGAGCGGCGCCUGCGUGGGCCGGAGGGGCAGCGCGGGCUGCAGAUGUACCGCGAGGAUCGAGGAGAGGUGGAGUUUGUUUUGGACACCGCCACUGCGGCAGGGCAGACGCUGCUCGGCGACGUUUGCGGUGAACUGAUGGCCCACGCGGCGUACAACGCGGUGGUGCGGCAGCGCGUCGUGCCGGCCGCCUUUGCCCACGUGCGGGAGUUGGACCUCAGCAACACCGGCCUGACAGACGCCGGCGCGCGUGGACUCUGCGUCAGCGUGCGGCGCGGUCGACUCCGCACCGGGAUGCUGGCGAACUUACGCACGUUGAACUUGUCCGACAACUUGCUGACUGCGGAGGGGUGUCUGCGCGUCGUCUCGGCUUUCCUCUUGGCAGAAACCGAAGACGGUGAAGGCGGCGGCAACAAGGGGGUGGCGCGGGUGUCGAUACCGAUUGCCCAGAUGGCGACCUUGGCUCUGCAGCGCAACGCGGGGGUGGAAGACGACGAGGGUGAUUUCGACAAGGCGAACGGCUACGUUGCCAACGGAACAAACGAAGGGGAGGGCCGUGUGCCGUCGUCGCAGACGCGGGAGGCAAACGCGUAUUUGAACGAGGUGUGCACCGUGGCGGAGGCGGCCGUUCUGCGGCGAGCUGCGCUGCGGUCGGCGGCGCACGGCUCCGCCAAGGACGACGUGUCUUCUUUAACGGUGUACUUCAGCGCGCCUCCGAUGAGCACGUUGGGGAGCAGUGGAGGCCGCAGCACUCCCGCUGCUCGUUGUCGCUCCUCUCCUUUUAGCCAGAAUGGCAGUGCUCGCGUCAACGUGUACUACGCCGGCUGUGACGAGCGCGGCGACGUUUUUUGCACCUGCCCACGGAGCCGCCUUUUUGUGUCAGAGGUCGAGGCCGAUCGUCUGAUGAGCACCGCCAGUGAUGACGGCGGCGCAUCUCACCUCGCCGAUCAACCGCCACAACGCCCUCCUUACUCGGCGGCCGCCCUGUCUUCGCCUGCUGCCACCGCCACCACCGUAGUCGCCGGUGGCGGAGGGGUAAUUCUUGGUGCAAUUCGCACGUCCCCCACAUCUACCUCGUCGUCUUUUACGCAGCCCGCCGCAGCCCAACGCAGUCUUCUUUCCUCGCUGGAUGUGCCGCGCACGUCAUCGAAAGCGCUCACUCGCAGUCAGCUGCAAGGACGUCCGGGUGCGGGUCUGCUCACCACCCCCGAUGCGCGUCUGCCACCUCGGCCCAUCCCUGUAGCAGGUGCGGCCUUUGACGAGGCGAGUGGUCUCGUGAAUUCAGCACCGUUCUACCUGUCGGUCAACAGCUACGGCGACCCGGUGACGUCCCUGUCGUCUUUCCCUCCACCAUCGUCGUUGGUGAUGUCGCACUCUAGUGAUAGUGCCGCCGCCGCCGCACACCAACAGCAGGUUUUGCAGGGACCGCCGCAGUCGCAACGUGGCAGCCUUCUCUCCGCCACCGGCACGUCACUCGGAUCUCUUUUUCUGGAGAAGGCGGAGCGGAAAGGUGAGGAAAGAGAAGCGGCGAGCAGCGCUGGAGACGCUGCAGCGACGGUGGACAGGGCAGACGGUGCUGGUGCUCCUCGUCAAGUCGAAGACGGCGAGGAUGAGCGGGACAACUUCAGCAGCCCCACCGCCCGCUCGGCUAAACGUCGUGCCAAAGCACGUCCAAGCCGCGUCUUUGUUCUUUCCUUCGACCACCCAGCCGGUCACCUCCUUUGCCGCACCUUCAACGUGCUGGCGCGACCCCCGCCGGAUCCCCUCGGUAACGGUGCUCGCGCGGCACUCGCCGCCGAUCUGCUGAGCGCGCUGCAGAAGGCGAGUGCACAGGCCGCGUCUCAUCCAGACAAUGACGGCAGCAACAGCACUGAGGACGGCAUGGCGCUGUCUCCGCGGUCAGCUGCCAUCGUGGUCGAGGCAGUCAAGUACCUCCCGCCUGAUCUUCGCACGUCUGACAAUCGCGGCCUCACCGACGCUGCGGAAUCACACUGGAUGCGCUUUGAAGUCACGACAAACGAGCGCAAAGCACGCAUGGCGCAGCGGUUGCAGGAGGUGUUGAACGUUCCGUGGGCUGACCAGUGCGCGUGCUUUGCCCACCUUCUACAGUGGCUAAGGGCGCAUGUGGUAGCGGAAGGCAGUGCAGAGGUGGCAGAGAAGUCAGCAGCGGCAACUGUGACCGAGUGGGACCCAGUUCAGGCGGUGGAGCGCGCGGCGCGGUUGUCACCGGCUGUCCGCGCGAAACUAGACGCUCUCUACGCGGGAUCUGCAGUUGAUGCUGCUCAUGCGCACCAUCUAGACGCAGCAGAAGACUAUGAGGAGGCGGCGGAGGGCGAAGCGCCGCAAGUUGCUUCACUCGCGCAGUUGCACCCCCAGCUUUGGAAGGAGUUGGGUCUCAUGACUGCUGUAGAGACGAAGGAAGUGGACGUCAUCAAUGCAAGCACUUCCCAAGGCCAGACUGUCACGCCAGCUGCAACAGACCACAACCCUCCAGCAGCAACAACAGCUGCAGCGGAUAGCGGAGAGGGGGAGGCAGGGGAGGACGUGCAUUCGGCUAUGUCAGCCUCAGACGGCACUUCGCGUAGGCAACAGAAGCACGGCAACAACAUUGAAACAGGAAAAGAGAGGCAUGCUUCUCCAUCAGGUGCAGCGCAGCAAAAAAUUCCUGUCGUCGACCUCUACGCUGGCGCCCGCAACGCGGAGGAACAGCAACCGGUGGAUGACACAGCGAACAUUUCUUCGCGAGCGGGGACGGUUGACAAGACAGCUGUUGACACCAGAGGCAACGCGUCGACACCAUCGCUGCGCUCUCUUCGACAAGCUGAGCGUGCCGCAACUUCCAAUCCCUUCGACGCUCCUCACGACAGUGCGGGCGAUGCAGCUGCCACUUCGACCCCUCUGGCGCUGGAGCCUUCACAGGGACAGGGUUCCACCGCAUCCGUCCCUACCAAAAUUAUUCCAGCAGAGAGCCGUUCUGCUGUUCUGCUACACACAAAAGUUUUUCGCAACUCUGAUGAGUUGACGGACAGCGGCGACGACGACGACGAGGAGGAGCGAGAGACGACGAGCGUGGAGACACCAGAGAAGCAAAAGCGCGGUCACGACCGGCAGCGGAGGGGUGAAGGGCCCUCUUCUCGACUUUCACCACCGCAGUCACUUGUCGCCAAAAACGAAGAAGGCCAGACAGAGAAGAAACGGCAGCAACCCACACCUGGAGAGCCCAAAUCAGCUCCCCAAAGGCCGCCUGCAGGUGAAGGCAAAGACGCGGAGAAUGCGGUGUUGACGGAUCAGUUGUCGGGUCCUUUGUCGCCCGCCGACCGAUUGGUGCCGCGAAGAGGCGCAGCCGCCGCCGCGUUGGAUGAGGAAGAAGAAAAGACACCGUCGAUGGUGGAGAUGGAGUACGAGGCCGCUCACGUACCCGCUGUAGGGGCGCCGCGACCUUGGACAGCUCCAGCGAGCAACGUGCCGAGUCGAGGAGAACCGGAUAUGGCGGAGCUUCGUAGCAGCAGCAACAGCCCGGAAAGUCGUGGGAAGGACGGUACGCGGAGUGACAGCACUUCAUCGCCGGGGUCGAGACAACAGGCACAGAAUACCAGGGGUGCACUGGCUUCCUCCCCUCCUCCCCCAGUGCACGCAGGGAAGACAGUAGCCGAUGGCAGAGGCACAGUGAGCGAUGAGGGCGACGAAGACCGUGUGGUUUCAUCGCCCGUCCGCGUGCGGCGCCGGUCAAGCGAGUUGGAAGGCCGCGUCAAGACCUUCACGCUGUCGUACACGCAUCAGGAAGGUACGGCAGUGUGUCGUGCGUGGCGGCUGUUGCACGCUGCCGUCGGCGGUGACGAUACCGCUGCCGCAGCGGAGCGCUCGCCCACCUCUCCCUCGUCCACCGCCCUCGCCCAGGAGGCACGUGAUUGCCUCUGCGACGACUUUUUGGCGCUGCUGCAGCCCCCCGACGAGGACCGAAAGCACGCCGUGCUGUCCGUCACGCUGCACGGAGAUGGUGGCGCCGCCACGGCGAUGUUGCAGGUGCAGGUUCGGACGAACGAACGCCGCGCCACCUUGGCCAAUCGGCUGCAGGACAGCAAUCACGCUGUGCGUCGUGGCGGGGGCAGCGGCGGCCGUGCCGGCAUUGUGCCGCUCACGGUGGACCAGGUUGAUCGCUUCUACUUCCCACGUCUAUCGCGGCUCCUGCGACGGCACAAGCUCGCCGCGGACACCGUCGCGCAAAUGGAGAAGUUUUUAGAAGCACGACCAGGCGUGCAGGGCAGACUCAUCAAGAGCUACGGCAGCAUUGGGUCUCUUGUGCACUACUAUCACGGCAGUGCCACCGCGCUCGAGCACGAGUUGGGCGUUUCCUCGUGGAGGGAGUUAACACACGGCAAUGCCGUGCCCACAGCCGCUGAAGCUGUCGCGGCUGCUUCCGAGGCGAAAUGGCAAGCUGAGUCGGCGUCGCCCACCGUCGCGUACGACCGCGUAAUACCGGAAAGAGAGGAGGUCUACCGGAAAGGCAUCAGCGCGGGGGCGGACAACCGCGACGGUGGAAAUGCGAGGAGAAGAGGAAAUGGAGAAGCAGGGGACAAUGGCAACACCGGCGGAGACGGCGCCGACACCCCGCGAGCGACGAGUCCGUCGACAACGAAAUCGAUCGGCAGCAACAACGACGUAAAACAACAUUUGGUCACGCCGACGCAGCUGCUGCAGGGCCGCCCGCCUCCGCACCCACGCCGUCUCCCCACACCGCCCCACCCCCUCACCCACUCCAGCAGCAUCUCCUUCGAUGAGGUGACGGAGGAGCCGACGAGCGAGGCGGGGCCGAUUGUGGUGCUGCGUGGGUCUACGCCGUCCGCGGCUGCGCGGUCGCCCUCCGUGCCGGACGCGCCAAAUCUGCAGUACUACCCACAGGGGCACCACACCGGCGCCGCGGAGUCGACGAAGCGGGCUCGGCGCGGGGGCGGCGACGAUGACUCUGACCUGGGCGUGCUCUCGCCCAUGACGAGCGCGUCUGCCUCCCCGAGCAUGGCGCGCCUCACCGGGGCAUCGCCGCCGCACACGCAGCAAACGCUGACGGGCGGCCCGUUCAUGAACGCGCUGAAAGACAGCAACAACAAUAGCAGCCGCCAACCCCCGACAAGGCAGCGCGAGGCAAACCCGGGUGUGCAGUCGCGUACACCGACGUCGCCCUCGCCGCAGCCGCCGCCUCGAAUGAACCCCGAACCGGAGCGAGCACCGUCGCAGCAGGACCGCCGUGCACCAGAGCCCAGCACCGCGUCGGCGGCCAAUCUCUCACGCCAGCUCAGCGGGUCAUCGACCACGGCCGGUGGUGCGGACCGGGGCAAGUCCGAGUAUGAGCGUGUGCUGGAAGGUAAGUACAAGCGGCUGAUGCGUGUGGCGUACGAAGGAGUCGCGCGCGGCAGCGUCCCACUCGAACCGCAGCACCAGCAGAAGACGGUGAUAGGCCGGGGCAAGUGGGGUGCGCAGAAGGUGGAGCUGUCGCUGGAGUGGGAGAUUUUGUUUGUGCUGACCUUUGAGAAGAGCCGCACAAUUGGCCGCAGCUCGCGACGGGCGCAGAUGGUUGUGCACCCCGUCGGUAUUGGCUUCGAGUGCAUGUCAGGGGAAGAGGCAAGCCAUCAAACCGGCGAGACCUCCUCGUUGCACUCCUCCAUGGUGAACACCAUCACGGCGGAGGGGAGCGGGGUGCAUCCUCCAUCUGGCACCCCCGCCUCCCACGCAUCGAAAGGGUCUCGAGCGAAGAAGGAGCACUCCAGGUCGGCCGCGUCGCACCUGGUCAUCACAAUUCAGCGUCCCUUCAGCCCGAAUGAGGUGGGCUCGUCGUCAAGCGAGAUCGAGAAGACGCUCACGGCGAACGCACUCUUGACCGUUUCGUCGCCGUCGACUCUGUCCAAGGCGGCGCGGCUGCUAGGCGGCGGCGACGAUAUCAGCAACACCUCACGCGGCAGCGUCGGGGCUAAACAGACGCCGCAAGAGAUAGUGUACCAGCUGUGCCAGCGCUCGUUGACGCUGGAUAUCGAGAUGAAGAGCUCGAAGCACGUGCAGGAGGCGCUGCGACUGCUGAAGAACAGCAUCCGUCGUGCCACCCAGGCCGUGAAGAAGUCCAUGUCAAACGCACACAUCCCGCCGCCGCCGUAG